AUGCAGCUACGGUGGCACAGUGAAGUGUCGCGAUGCGUGGUUGAAUCUCGCGGCGUGGUGUUUAUAAAAACGGUGGUGCCGCGGAAUGGAAUUCCGACGCACACGUCCAACCGACUGCAACGACUGGGACUCGUUCUGUUGUGCUACAACUUUGGCAUCGACUACGUCUCCACGGCGAACUUCGGGUACGCGGAUGUACUCUCCAGACUCAUCGAUUCGGCGGCCAAGCCGGAGGAGGAGUACGUUAUCGCCGCUCUGUACCUCGAGGACGACAUGUCGGCGGUCUUGGAAGACUCCGUUGGCAACACACCUGUCACUUCCAAGAUGAUCGCCGCUGCUACCGCCCGGGACAAGGUGCUCAAGAAAGUGGUCCAGUACUUGGAAGGUGAGUGGCCGGCCAGCGCAAGCGAAAUCGACAACCUGGACGUGAAGGCGUUCUACCACCGGAAGGAGAGCCUGGCGCUGACUCAGGGCUGCAUUCUUUUCGGCCAACGAGUGGUGGUGCCGGAGACCUACCGAAAGCGGAUCCUGCAACGCCUGCACCACGGUCACCCGGGGAUGGUCCGGAUGAAGAGCCUGGCUCGGAGUUUCGUCUACUGGCCGCACAUCGACAAGCAAGUGGAGGACACGGUGAAGCAGUGCGCGGACUGUGCUGCAGCUGCCAAAUCUCCCCCACACUCUCCACCAGAAGCUUGGCCAACACCAGCGGGACCAUGGCAACGCAUUCACAUUGAUUACGCGGGCCGAUCGAUGAUCUACCCGACGACGACCACGACCGCUAGGGCCACGAUCCAGUUUCUUCGAAGCACGUUCGCACGCCUUGGCCUGCCGAUGGUACUCGUGUCGGACAACGCUGCUCAGUUCACUUGCGACGAGUUUGAGUCCUACUGCAAAGCGAACGGAAUCACCCACAUCCUCACCGCGCCCUACCAUCCGCAAUCGAACGGGCAAGCGGAACGCUUUGUGGACACCGUCAAGCGAGGAAUGAAGAAAAUCAACAAGGGAGAGCCACUGCAGGAGACACUCGACGUGUUUCUGGCAACGUACAGGUCGACGCCGAGCGGAACAACCGAGCAGAAGUCACCAAGUGAACUGCUGUUUGGACGUCAAAUGCGCACCACACUCGACCUACUGCGACCACCACCAACACCGGUUGCUGAGAUGAAGACGACUGCUGAGAACGACCAGAGACGAGAAUUUGCACCUGGCGACUUGGUGUAUGCGAAGGUGCACAAGCGUAACGACUGGUACUGGGAGGCAGGAAAGGUCAUCGAAAGGCUCGGCUCGGUGAACUACAACGUGUGGUUGGACGGCCAACGUUCGGGGCUGAUCCGGUCGCAUAUCAACCAGCUUCGUCCACGGCACGAGUCAGCGGAUUCGCAGGCGCGCGGUCGCGCUGUUAACCUUCCGCUGGACAUUCUGCUGGGCGAGUUUGGGUUCGCUAAACCAACAACCGAGGACGUCAUGCAAGCAGCUGUGGUGGAACCGGAAGGCGCGAACCAACCAGGAAUCACCGAGCAACCUGGCAACAACGAUGGACCGGAACCAGCUGUGAUCCAACGGCCGAUCCGGCGGGCUUCGACGGGAAGUAUUCCGCCGAGUUGCGUGCCGACGACGACGAUCACCAGGAGUGGACGCGAGGUUCGGCUGCCGCCGAGGUUUGAUCACUACGUGAUGUCUUAA